UGAAUUGGGGGAGGUGGUCUUAGGUCACAUGACUUCAAACCAUCCUUGUGGACCCUUUGUUGUUGGCUUUUUGGCAGGGUUUUAGUAAUCGACUAGAACGCUUUGUCUUUUGUCAUAUGGUUUUUUAGAGCGUCAGUAAACGCCACAUCCAGCGGAUUACAAACAAACAUUUGGUAAUCGGAGGCAGGAGAGGAAUCACAGUGGAGAUGCAGACAAAGACAAAACAGAAAGGAAGGAACGAUUUGUUCGGCUUAUAGACACGACAAGGACCAAAGGAAGUGUUCUGGACGACUUACAGCAAACUGAGUGGAAACUAUAUGUAAAAUGCACGUUUUUUUCUGAUCUGUGAUUUAUACGGUUUUGCUUCUGCAUUUUCUGGAACUAUCCGACACCCGAAAAACGGGUUUAACAAGAAACAUCGAAUUGUGGUAGCUGUGCACAUUUGCGACAGAUUUUUUCUCUGUAUUUGUAUCGUAAUUUAAAAGAUUCCUAAAACGAACAGAAGUGCACUCGGGAAACAGUGUCAUGAUGAUAUUAGACUAUCAGCUGAUGAGGAUCGGAACACCACGAUGCCGCCAUCUCCACUGCGCUCUCUUCUGCCUCCUGACCAUCGCUGCUGCGCUCGGAGUUCAGUCUCCUCAAGGCAGCGACUGUGCGCCUGACAAAGGGAAACAAUGUCCAGAUUUGUCUGAGAAGAAGAGUGAUUUACGAGUGUGUGACAAAUCGUCAUGUCGCUAUGAUGGAAUCUGCAGUGUUGACCAUAAAUGUGUAUGUCGCUUUCAGUGUCAUGAAAAAUACAUCCCUGUGUGUGGAUCUAACGGGGACACCUAUCAGAAUGACUGCUACUUAAGGCAAGCAGCCUGCACUCAGCAACGUCUUGUUUCUUUGGUUUCUCCUGGACCCUGUGAUCCAGAUAGCAGCUCAGGGUCUGGGGACGGAGAUGAUGAAGGAUCAGGUACAGAUACAAACAAGAAACUCACUAAAUGUAGCAACUGCAAAUAUGGUGCUGAAUGUGACGAGGAUUCAGAAGAUGAAGACUCGUGUUCAUGUAAAAUUGACUGUAGUGGGCAUAAUGAGAAUCCAGUGUGUGGUACAGAUGGCAACUCCUACAACAACCCCUGCCUUGUACGAGAAGCUUCAUGUCUGAAACAAGAGCAGAUUGACGUUAAACAUUUAGGGAGAUGCCCAGACAAGGGGAAAAAAAGUGAUGAUGGAUUGUCCUACAAGCCUGAGCUUUUUGACACAGCAGACACAGGAGAAGGGAAAGGAUAUGGCUGGAUGCCGAUUCCCUGCACAGAUGACAACUUUUGUGUUCAUGGCCACUGUGAAUUCAAAUAUGGACAAUCCUCGUGCCGGUGUGAUUCUGGAUACACAGGGCCACAGUGUGAGGAAGUUGCUGACUUUAACAUACUGUAUGUGGUGCCCAGUGGUCAGAAACUGCACUAUGUGCUCAUAGCUGCUAUUAUUGGAGCUGUGCAGAUAGCCAUUAUUGUGGCCGUUGUCAUGUGUAUCACCAGAAAAUGCCCUAAGAAUAACCGAGGACGUCGGCAAAAGCAAAACCAGGGUCAUUUCACUUCAGACCCCUCAUCCAGGAUGAUAUAGCUUGUUUUAUUUUUGCUUUUAUACCUUUUGUACAAUGUGGAUUGCAAUUAAGAAUAUGUUUGUUAUUUUCUGUGUUUAACUGUGGACAAUAGGUUUAUUUUUCGUUUAUUUAUGGUGCCUUGUUCAUUUUCUUCUGGACAUUUAAGGAGCUUGUUGACAGUAAACACUGCCAACAGAAUGAUGAAAGCCAGCUUUUCAUUGUCUACCUUUUUUUUCUGUUACUUAUUUUUUGUAAAUGUCUGUGAAAUGUUCUUGGUACAGUUGCUGUACACUUUGUUACUGAAUGUGUUUACUUUAGAGAGUGCAGCUGAACACCAAAUGGAGUUGGUUAUGUAUGACAAAAACAACAGCAAUUUUUUUAAAUGAAUUGCAGACAAUGGAAUGCAGAGUGGUUGGAUAGUUAAUGUUGAAAUGUGUGUAGAUUUUAAUUUGUAAUAUUAUUGGUGGUGUCCUUGAUAAAGUUAUCAUUAAUUUAAUUCUAGACACUGCAUAUCGCAUGAAACUGUGUCCAGUGAUGUAGAUUCAACAUAAUUAAAUGAAUUGUCUUCUGA